CUACAAGAUCUUUUCAGAGAAAACAAAACUUAUCUUUCUUUUCCUUCGUCUGAGUGAGAAGAAGAACAGUAAAAUGGCUCAACAGGGAGUUCUGUUGGACCACAACCAGUUCAGUUGUUCAAUCUGUCUGGAUCUACUGAAGGAUCCGGUAACUACUCCCUGUGGACACAGCUACUGUAUGAAAUGUAUAAAAGACUACUGGGAUCAGGAUGAUCAGAAGGGAGUCUACAGCUGCCCCGAGUGCAGACAGACCUUCACUCCCAGGCCUGUUCUGAGGAAAAACAACAUGCUGGCUGAGGUGGUGGAGAAGCUGAAGAAGACAGAACUCCAAGCUGCUCCUCCUGCUGACAGUUCUGCUGGACCUGGAGAUGUGCUGUGUGACGUCUGCUCUGAGAGGAAGCAGAAAGCCCUCAAGUCCUGUCUGGUGUGUCUGGUCUCUUACUGUGAGGCUCACCUCCAGCCUCACUAUGAAUCUCCUGCCUUUAAGAAGCACAAGCUGGUCAAAGCCUCCUCACAACUGCAGGAGAAGAUCUGCUCUCGUCACGAUGAGGUGAUGAAGAUUUUUUGUCGUAGCACUGACCAGCAGUGUAUCUGUUAUCUGUGUUCUAUGGAGGACCAUAAAGGUCACGAUACAAUCUCAACUGCAACAAAAAGAACUGAGAAACAGCGGGAGCUUAGACUGAGUCAACACAAUGUUCAGAAGGGAGUCCAGCAGAGAGAGAAGGAGCUGAAGGAGCUCCAACAGGCUGUGGAGUCUCUGACUCGCUCUGCACAAGCAGCAGAGGUGGACAGUGAGAGGAUCUUUACUGAGCUGAUCCUCUCUAUUGAGAGAAGACGCUCUGAGGUGAAGGAGCUGAUCAGAGCCCAGCAGAAGGAAGCAGUGAGUCAAGCUGAAGGACUGGUAGAGAAACUGGAGCAGGAGAUAGCUCAUCUGAAGAGGAGAUAUGUUGAGCUGGAGCAGCUUUCACACACAGAAGAUCACAUCCAUUUCCUCCAGAGUUACCAGUCUCUGUCCAAACCCAGUGUGUCUUCAGAUUUACCCAGGACCAUCGCCCCUCGUCAUAAGUACUUCUGUGAUGUGAGGGAGGCUGUGUCCAAGCUGAAAGAGAAACUAGAGGACAUCCUUCACUCCAUUGAGAGAAAACGCUCUGAGGUGAAGGAGCUGAUCAGAGCCCAGCAGAGGGCAGCAGUGAGUCAGGCAGAAGGACUGGUGGAGAGACUGGAGCAGGAGAUAGCUCAGCUGAAGAAAAGAGAUGAUGUGCUGGAGCAGCUCUCACACACAGAAGAUCACAUCCAUUUCCUCCAGGGUUAUCAGUCUCUCUCCAGCCCCAGUGUAUCUUCAGAUUUACCCAGCACCAUCAACCCUCGUCUUAAGGACUUCAGUGAUGUGAGGGAGGCUGUGUCCAAGCUGAAAGAGAAACUAGAGGACAUCCUUAAAGACGAGUGGCCAAAGAUCACAACCACCGUGAAUCAAGUGGAUCUUUUACUGCCACCAGAGCCCAAGACCACAGCAGACUUACAAUGUGGAACCAGGAAGUCCCCCCCUCCCUACAAGAUAUUUUUCGAGAAAACGAAACUGCUCUGUCUUUUCCUUUGUGUGGGUGAGAAGAAGAACAGUAAAAUGGCUCAACAGGGAGUUCUGCUGGACCACAAUCAGUUCAGUUGUUCAAUCUGUCUGGAUCUACUGAAGGAUCCGGUGACUACUCCCUGUGGACACAGCUACUGUAUGAGCUGUAUAAAAGACUACUGGGAUCAGGAUGAUCAGAAGGGAGUCUACAGCUGCCCCGAGUGCAGACAGACCUUCACUCCCAGGCCUGUUCUGAGGAAAAACAACAUGCUGGCUGAGGUGGUGGAGAAGCUGAAGAAGACAGAACUCCAAGCUGCUCCUCCUGCUGACAGUUCUGCUAGACUUGGACAUGUGCUGUGUGACUUCUGCUCUGGGAGGAAGCGCAAAGCCCUGAAGUCCUGUCUGGUGUGUCUGGUCUCUUACUGUGAGGCUCACCUCCAGCCUCACUAUGAAUCUCCUGCCUUUAAGAAGCACAAGCUGGUCAAAGCCUCCUCACAACUGCAGGAGAAGAUCUGCUCUCGUCACGAUGAGGUUAUGAAGAUUUUUUGUCGUACUGACCAGCAGUGUAUCUGUUAUCUGUGUUCAAUGGAGGACCAUAAAGGUCACGAUACAAUCUCAGCUGUAACAGAAAGAACUGAGAAACAGCGGGAGCUUGGACUGAGUCAACAGGAUAUUCAGAAGAGAGUCCAGCAGAGAGAGAAGGAGCUGAAGGAGCUCCAACAGGCUGUAAAGUCUCUGACUAGCUCUGCACAAGCAGCAGAGAAGGACAGUGAGAAGAUCUUUACUGAGCUGAUCCGCUCCAUUGAGAAAAGACGCUCUGAGGUGAAGGAGCUGAUCAGAGCCCAGCAGAGGGCAGCAGUGAGUCAGGCUGAAGGACUGGUAGAGAGACUGGACCAGGAGAUAGCUCAGCUGAAGAGGAGAUAUGCUGAACUAGAGCAGCUCUCACACACAGAAGAUCACAUCCAUUUCCUCCAGGGUUAUCAGUCUCUCUCCAGCUCCAGUGUAUCUUCAGAUUUAUCUAGUACCAUUGUCCCUCCUCGUAAGGACUUCAGUGAUGUGAGGGAGGCUGUGUCCAAGCUGAAAGAGAAACUAGAGGACAUCCUUAAAGGGGAGUGGCCAAAGAUCAUAACCACCGUGAAUCAAGUGGAUCUUUUACUGCCACCAGAGCCUAAGACCAGAGCAGACUUCUUACAAUAUUCCUGUCAGCUCACUCUGGACCCAAACACAGCAUACAUACAAAUCUCUCUGUCUGAGGGGAACAGAACAGGAACAGUUACUUCAGUCCAGCCAUAUAGUUAUCAUCCAGAGAGAUUCACUGACAUCGGGCAGGUGCUGUGUGGAAAUGCUCUGUCUGGACGCUGUUACUGGGAGGUGGAGUGGAGAGGAAGGGUUGGUAUAGCAGUGUCAUAUAAAGACAUCAGCAGAACAGGGUCAGGUCUUCUAUCUGGAUUUGGAAACAAUGAUAAAUCCUGGUGUUUAGAGUACUCUGGUAAUUUCAGACACAAUAAUGUUGAGACAGUAACUUCAAGCUUUGGUUCCAGAGUAGGAGUGUACCUGGAUCACAUGGCAGGUACUCUGUCCUUCUACAGCAUCUCUGACACAAUGACCCUCAUCCACAGAGUCCAGACCACAUUCACUCAGCCACUCUAUCCUGGGUUUGUAUUUCGGUUUAUUCUGUCCACUGUCAAGCUGUGUGAGCUGGAGUAGUUCACAUUAGUGUCCUUCCCUCCUUACAUCUCUGGUUGUGGAACUGCACCUCCUAACUUCCAUUUCUGCUUUGAGUGAGUUUUUCCUUGUCUUCUCUGGAGGUUUAGAUUGGCUAUUGUGGGCAACUGUGAAGUCAACUUUGUGAUAUUGCUGGGAUAAAGGGCUACACAGAGUAAAGAGUGUACCUGGAUCACAGAGCAGGUACUCUGUCCUCCUACAGCAUCUCUGACAAAAUGACCCUCCUGCAUAGAGUCCAGACCACAUUCACUCAGCCACUCUGUUUUAAGUUUGGAGUUUGGUGUAAUGGCUACACUACUGAACUGUGUGAGCUGAAGUAGAGGUCCCCAUAACUGUCUAUGUUUCAUUAUCUUCUGAAUUGGUCUUACUAAGCUAAUUCUCUCUCCUCCAUGAAUGUCAUGGUCAAGGUUGGAGACUGUUAGAGAUUGACUUUCAUGUUAAAGUAUAGAAGACAACUCAAGCCAGAUCCUGUGAUGAUUUUAAGGGUCAGGGUCAAGCACCAGCUUCAGUAGGUUAAUGUAAUGUGGAAGAAAGUUCUGUCUGUCUCCACCAGGAUGGUCUGACUGCAAUUUAAAUUUCUGGGUUUAUAUGUAUUUGACACUCAGCUGGUUGGAAAUUGAGUUUAACCAACACCUCGACAUGACAAUGACCUGUGAGACACAGUGAUGCCUGCAAAGUCUCUCUGAUGCAUUAAGGUCAGAGGACAGAAUUUAUAGUAGAAAGGGAUAACAAAGAUAACGUUCAGCCAACAAGUGUCUGUUAAUCAAGCAGGCAGAUACUACAUCAUAGAUCCAUGCAUGUAAAUACAUAGAGAGUUCAGACUAUUAUGCUUGUAUUGCUUCAACUGGUGGUGUGGUUUCCUUCAUUUAAAAAAAUCUGUGUAAUUUUUGCAAAGUGUUCGUUAUUAGCAUUUACUAUGAACAGAAAAUGUUAGUUAUUUACCAAAUUGUAAGUUACGUUGCAUAAAUACCACAUGGUUUUUUAAAGAAUAAAAGUUAA